ACAUCUAUCUCACGUCUCACAGUAGUCUAUGAAAACAUCCAACAUCUGUGUCGUAGUACAUAAACGAGAAUAAAACUGUUUAUUAUUUGUAGAACUUCAUAAACGUAAUCAAAAUGUUAGAUUUAUUCAGUAUUUUCAGUAAAGGGGGCAUUGUAUUAUGGUGUUUCCAAAGUACUAGUGAAAUAUUUUCGCCAUCCGUGAAUGCUUUAAUACGUAGUGUAAUAUUGCAAGAACGCUCUGGCAAUAACACAUUCAAUCAUAAUGCCUUAACACUACAAUACAAACUAGAUAAUGAGUUUGAACUGGUUUUUGUAGUUGCAUACCAACGCAUACUCCAGUUAUCAUAUGUGGAUAAGUUCCUCAAUGAUGUCCACUUGGAGUUCAGGGACAAGUACAAGAAUGAGCUCCAGACAGGUCCCUGUAUCGUUGAUUUUAAUUUUAAAACUACCUUUGAUAAAGUGCUGAAGGAAUGUGAAAUAUGGGCAAAGUCACAAGCUAAAAUUCCAAAACAGAUGAGGACUUUUGAGGAUUCCCAAAAAUCCAAAAAGACUGUUGCAUCUAUGAUCGAACGUAAAGGAGAUGAGAAAGGGAAGAAAACUGUCAAAAUAGUCGAAAGUAAAAAUCUUACAAAUGGUAAAGCAGAGGAAGUUACAAAUAAUACAUAUGAUGAUGAUGUCAUCGCUGCAAACAGAGCCAAGCUAGCACAGAAGCUGGCAUCGAAAACAAAGAAGGAACCCAAGAAAUCUCCAAAGAGUCCCCAGAAGGCAGACCGCGUGAAGCAGCCCCGCGUGUGGGAGCUCGGCGGUGACACGCGCGACGUCGCUGUGCUGGACUACAGUACUGACCAACCAGGGGAAGCUGCUACCUUACUGCCGGACACGCAGUUGAUUGGUCAAAUGACUGGUGCCAUUCGUGACUUGGAAGUAGAAUCCGAGGAGAGCAGCAGUGAGGAAGAGGAGGUAACUUCUCAGCCGACUUCCAAGAAAACUGGAGGAAUGUUCAGUUUAUUAAAAGGUCUAGUCGGUGCAAAAGCAUUGUCCGAGGAAACGAUGCGACCGGUGUUGGACAAGCUUCGUGAUCACCUCAUCGGGAAGAACGUCGCCGCUGACAUCGCCAAUAAGCUCUGUGAUAGUGUUGCCAUCAAACUAGAGGGGAAGGUGCUAGGUACCUUCGACAGUGUUGCCAAGACGGUGAAGGCUACCCUCACCGAGUCCCUCGUGCGGAUACUGUCGCCGAAGCGUCGCGUGGACAUCCUGCGGGACUGUCUGCACGCCAAGCAGGAGGGCCGGCCCUACGUCAUGGCGUUCUGCGGGGUGAACGGCGUCGGUAAAUCGACGAACCUGGCGAAGAUCUGCUUCUGGUUGAUCGAGAACGAUCUGUCGGUGCUGAUAGCGGCGUGCGACACGUUCCGCGCCGGCGCCGUGGAGCAGCUGCGCACGCACACGCGACACCUCAACGCGCUGCACCCGCCCGCGCGCCACCACGCACGACACAUGGUCACGCUCUACGAGAAGGGAUACGGCAAAGACGCGGCCGGCAUAGCGAUGGAAGCGAUACGAUACGCGUCUGACACUAAAACCGACGUAGUGCUGAUCGACACCGCGGGCCGAAUGCAGGACAACGAGCCUCUGAUGCGGGCCCUCGCCAAGCUCAUCGCGGUCAACGAACCCGACACGGUGCUCUUCGUGGGCGAGGCUCUCGUCGGGAACGAGGCCGUCGACCAGCUGGUCAAGUUCAAUCAGGCCCUCGCCGACUACAGCUCGUCCAGCAGUCCGCACGUCAUCGACGGAAUAGUGCUCACCAAGUUCGAUACUAUCGACGAUAAAGUCGGCGCCGCCAUAUCGAUGACGUACAUCACCGGGCAACCGAUAGUGUUCGUCGGAACGGGACAAACGUACACCGAUUUGAAAGCGCUGAACGCCAACGCUGUAGUCCACGCGUUGAUGAAGUGAACUUAUAGUGCUGUGCGCUGUUAUUAUCGAUAAUUAAUAGUCGAUUUUUUUUUGUCACAAAAUCGUUGUAAUCGGAUCUUAAAAUUUUUAAUGUAAGCACGCUUCGAAUUGGAAUUAACACAAAAUCAUAACUUGUCUUUAUCAUUUAGAAUAGGUAUUUGGUGUGCUUAUUUGAAGAAAAAAUAGGUAGUUUAAUGUUUAAUAUGAUGUUCUAAAUACAUUACAUAUGAGUACAACAAAGGAUUAAUUAUAAUAUAUCAAUUGAAAUAGAUAGGAUAUUUUGGAUAAUAAAUUUUCCAAUGUCUUAAGGUGAACGUCAUAAGAAAGAAAUUAAUUGAUUUAAUAAACAGCUCCUAAAUAUUUAGCUUAUUAAGAAGCAAGUUGGACUUAGUUUGCUAGUAAAGUAGGCAUUAUUAUUUGUAUCUCGAAUUCGAAUAAGCAGCGCACUGCCCUAAUAAGACCAACAACUAUAAGGCAAUUACUUUUAAAAUGUUAUCUUUCAAAGCCAAUUAUUUACACUCUAACUUCGAUAAAAUAAACAUAAGGUCUUGUUUUUUUUUUUCAAUACGGCAAUG